UUGAUGGAUCUACUGAGGGAACUAAUGGAGGCCAUAUUUGAUUGGAUCUCGAGUAACAAAGAUAUCUGGACAAUUAGGGAAGAGCAUUUGACAGAUGAAGAUUUUGACCAUUUCAUGCAGCUUGUUCUGGACAUGCAUUUCCUGGUGGAAAUUGCUAGGUGCCAAGGCUACCUAACUGACAACAUGAAGAACGCCUGCAGGGUUACUGUAUCUCACAUGGAAUCUGUCUUCACCUAUGCAGGGUUGAAUCCUAAAAGGGGUGUAAACAAUAAUGAGUGGGCUGUAAAUGCUGCUACAAAUGCCCUUCUAAAGCUACAAGAGAUUGCAGAGACAGAACUACUUUCAGACGAAACUCCUGAUGACAUUGUCGAAGAAGAAAUUAACGAACAUCACUACCGGGGUUCAAGUGAACACUACCGGGGUGCAAGUGAUGAUGAAACUACUAUCAUAGAUUCUGGUGAGUGGAAAGAAGAUUCUGCAAGCAUAAAUGCAUCAGAAGUUCUCACCAAUUCAGAAACGGAGAUUACAAAAACAUAAGUCAUUCCCCUUGAUGAUGUAGACGUCGAAGGGGGAGGUUGUUUCGAAGACGAUAGGACGCCAGCAAGAGUUGUUGAUGCCUCUUUACUAAAAGAAGUCAAAGCCGAAAAUGCUGCUAAUCCAGAGGAAUGUACAUUACAGGAAAUGCAGGAAUCCAAAUUACAAGAGAUACUGUUACUUGCAGGUAAUGUUGGAGAAGCUUCCAAGCCAAGUACACCCUUAGAGAAGACGGCUAGCAAUGGGCGAGAUGGUAGUGAACUGGUGAUACACAAGCAAGAAGAGGAAAUGCAAAAACAAUCAAUGGGUACUCUUGUAUCUGCAGAAUAAAUAGAUGAAUGAUGAAGGUAGAAAAGGCAGCCUCGCAUAGUAUGUUUAAGGAUUCAGUCCAAAGAAGACAUUAGUUAGACCUUUGGUGUAACAUUUGACACCCAAAUUCUCUCUUUCUAUUCAGUCAAGCUACUAUCAAUAAUCCACUAGGAGGACUAUAUUUUCCUUCACAAAAUCCAGAUUAUAAAACGUUU